AUGUCCGUCUUUACUUCACUACCACAAGUACCACCUACAGCCGUUCCAACUGUUCCCGUUGCGUUUCCUACUACUUUCAACAGCGGUGCUGGUGGUGGUGUAUUCUCUACAUCCACAGAUGGAUCUCAACAACAAAGUAAUCCACCGCCAUCCUCUGCGUUUUCUUCACAUAAGAUGCCAGCCGUGUUUGCCUCAACAUCCCCAAACAAUUCUACUCCACCGGCGGUGUUUCUUCGUAACUCUAUGAUGUCUAUGCCCAAUAGUGUAGUAGGAUCCACAACCCCCAUAAAGCCUGUGCCCAUCACUACAGGAACUAAUACUAAUAAUAGUAAUACUAGUAUUAGUAAUACUGCAAACUCUUCAUUUGGAACUCCUCCUGUUUUUACAGUUUCUUCACCGUUUGGUAUUUCCAAUCCGGCGCCGUUGACAACACCUGUGAGUCCUUUCACCGCUAGUAGUAUCCCAGCUGCACUCCUUACUACUACUACUACUACUACUACUACUCCUACUGGUAAUAAUAAAAAUAAUAAUAAUAAUAUUAAUAUUAAUAACGAUGAGAAGAAGAAGAAGAGUAAUAAUAAUAAUAAUAGGAUCACAGGUAAUAACAGUCAUACAAAUGUGAUGGCCACUGCCCCUUCUGUUCUCGCUGGAUCUGCAUUUCAACAAAAUCUUCACAAUAGAGAAAUCUCACCCGCUGCUGUUUCGCCUAUUCCCGCAUCUCACACCGCCCAUAAUAAUAAUAAUGAAAGUCUCUGGAAUCAUUCAUCGCAUCAUCAACAUCAUCAACAUCAUCAUUUUGCCCGGAGUUCACCGCCUGCAUUUCCGAGAGAUUCUCAUUCUGCGGUGAUGUUUAAUCCAAUGUCUAUCGCUGCCAAGCGGGGAAGAGGCGGCGGGGUGUUGAGCGGCAGAGGCGCCGGCCGCGGGGAGUCAAUCUUCACACGCGCUGCAGUUCUGCCAAACUCCAUCCACACAUCACCUUCUGCAACUCCACAGGCAACAAAGCAUAGACAUCAUCAAUAUCAACAGCAGCAACAACAACCAUCUAAUCAACAUCAGCAGCAACAACAACAACAACAAUCAUCUAAUCAAGAACAAUAUAAACAGGGUGUUUCCGAUACAAAAGGGCAACUUCUCUCUACACGUGUAUUUAUUGCUUUUAUGAAUAAAAUAUUAGAUGAAAAUGAGACACGUCGUGAAGAGGCUGCAGAUAUACUUGAAACGGCUUUCUUUGGUGUAGUGGGAAGUCAUGGUUCUGCGGAGUUUCCAAUAGCAUUACAGCAAUUACUAUCCGCAUGGAGAAUAUUAAAAGAUAGUCGUUCACAAUCGCUUUCAAAGGGAGAACAUUGGGUGGCACUCUUUGCACUUGGUUGUCAUUUAAACUUUGUUUCUAGUACUAUUCGAUCGGCUGAAAGAGAACAACAACAACAAUCAUCAUCACAACAAAUAAGUGAUGGGAGUCAAAGAUCUAUAGUAUUAAAUCAUAAAUGGUCUGUGCUUUCAAAUAGUUGCACUUAUGCUAAUCUUCUCUGUGAUAUUUGUUUACAGUUAUGUACAAAUCAAAGUGAGAGUCAUAUGCCGUAUGGGGUAUUGCCACUUAUUUUACGACGAGCACGAAAUACAUUUGAAUUAGCGAAUGAUGAAGGUGUUUUUAGUGUUCAAACAAAUAUGAAAACUAUUCUUCUUAAACUUCAUCGUCAUGUACGAGUUCCUGUAAUACAACAAGAACCUCAAUCUAUUGUAGAACGUCAACGUGUGGCUUCUUUUGCAUAUGUAUUAUCUGAAAUGUUAUUACAUUCCUGUGCCCCUCCAGAUAGUAAUAUGUUUAUUCAAUCAUUUCAUCAAUACUGUGGAGAUAUGGUAGAGAUUCGGUGUACAUUAUAUCAUCAUAAUGCGCAUAAUCUUUUACAAGAACCUCUUACAGAUGUUGCCAUUGAACAGGCGAUGGAACUCUUAGCUCGUGCGUAUGUGAUUUUACCAGAUACCGCUACAGAAAAUAAACGACUUUUAUUUGUAAAAAUGACGGCAUGUGGAUUAGCAUUAGGAAAGAUACCACCAGUAAGUGAACAAGAUCUAUUUAAUUUAACAGAAUUGGAUGAUUUAAUUGUUGCUGUUCAAAGUUCUAAUAUGAGACUUUUUAAUGCUGUAAUGGAUAAAAACUCAGAGUUUUAUGUACGAUGUGGAAUUCAUAAUGUUUUACAAGUGGUUGGUAAACGUAUUUCACUUUUAAUGGUUGUAAGAUAUUAUAUGAAUAGUUUUUCCAGUCGUUUACCGGUACAAGAUAUGCUGGAUUACUAUCAAAUGCCUUUAACUUUACAAGAGGGAUGUAAUGUUUGGUUACUCCCAUUACUUGUGGAGAAACGUAUUAAUGGAGUGAUGGAGAGUGGAGUGUUAGUCCUUAGUAGUGCUAAUCCAUUUGAUGAAUAUAAUCAUGAAAUGUUGAAGGCUUUCGCUGCUAAAAACGCCUCUGUAGGUUAA